GGGCGUGUCCUGGGUGAGCACGCCCUCUCAUGAAUAUUAAUAAGCGCGCAUGCGCCCUGCCCGGCGUGCUGGGUAGAGGUGGCCAGCCCGGGCCGCGGCUGCCAGACGGGCUCUCCGGGUCCCUCUCCGAGAGCCGGGCGGGCACGCGUCAUUGUGUUACCUGCGGCCGGCCCGCGAGCUAGGCUGGGUUUUUUUUUUCUCCCCUCCCUCCCCCUUUUUCCAUGCAGCUGAUCUGAAAGGGAAUAAAAGGCUGCGCAUAAUCAUAAUAAUAAAAGAAGGGGAGCGCGAGAGAAGGAAAGAAAGCCGGGAGGUGGAAGAGGAGGGGGAGCGUCUCAAAGAAGCGAUCAGAAUAAUAAAAGGAGGCCGGGCUCUUUGCCUUCUGGAAAGGGCCGCUCUUGAAAGGGCUUUUGAAAAGUGGUGUUGUUUUCCAGUCGUGCAUGCUCCAAUCGGCGGAGUAUAUUAGAGCCGGGACGCGGCGGCCGCAGGGGCAGCGGCGACUGCAGCACCGGCGGCAGCACCAGCGCGAACAGCAGCGGCGGCGUCCCGAGUGCCCGCGGCGCGCGGCGCAGCGAUGCGGUCCCCACGGACGCGCGGCCGGCCCGGGCGCCCCCUAAGCCUCCUGCUCGCCCUGCUCUGUGCCCUGCGAGCCAAGGUGUGUGGGGCCUCGGGUCAGUUCGAGUUGGAGAUCCUGUCCAUGCAGAACGUGAACGGGGAGCUGCAGAACGGGAACUGCUGCGGCGGCGCCCGGAACCCGGGAGACCGCAAGUGCACCCGCGACGAGUGUGACACAUACUUCAAAGUGUGCCUCAAGGAGUAUCAGUCCCGCGUCACGGCCGGGGGACCCUGCAGCUUCGGCUCAGGGUCCACGCCUGUCAUCGGGGGCAACACCUUCAACCUCAAGGCCAGCCGCGGCAACGACCGCAACCGCAUCGUGCUGCCUUUCAGUUUCGCCUGGCCGAGGUCCUAUACGUUGCUUGUGGAGGCGUGGGAUUCCAGUAAUGACACCGUUCAACCUGACAGUAUUAUUGAAAAGGCUUCUCACUCGGGCAUGAUCAACCCCAGCCGGCAGUGGCAGACGCUGAAGCAGAACACGGGCGUUGCCCACUUUGAGUAUCAGAUCCGCGUGACCUGUGAUGACUACUACUAUGGCUUUGGCUGCAAUAAGUUCUGCCGCCCCCGAGAUGACUUCUUCGGACACUAUGCCUGUGACCAGAAUGGCAACAAAACUUGCAUGGAAGGCUGGAUGGGCCCCGAAUGUAACAGAGCUAUUUGCCGACAAGGCUGCAGUCCCAAGCAUGGGUCUUGCAAACUCCCGGGUGACUGCAGGUGCCAGUACGGCUGGCAAGGCCUGUACUGUGAUAAGUGCAUCCCGCACCCGGGGUGCGUCCACGGCAUCUGUAACGAGCCCUGGCAGUGCCUCUGUGAGACCAACUGGGGCGGCCAGCUCUGUGACAAAGAUCUCAAUUACUGUGGGACCCAUCAGCCGUGUCUCAACGGGGGAACUUGUAGCAACACAGGCCCUGACAAAUAUCAGUGUUCCUGCCCUGAGGGGUAUUCAGGACCCAACUGUGAAAUUGCUGAGCACGCCUGCCUCUCUGAUCCCUGCCACAACAGAGGCAGCUGUAAGGAGACCUCCCUGGGCUUUGAGUGUGAGUGUUCCCCAGGCUGGACCGGCCCCACGUGCUCUACAAACAUUGAUGACUGUUCUCCUAAUAACUGUUCCCACGGGGGCACCUGCCAGGACCUGGUUAACGGAUUUAAGUGUGUGUGCCCUCCACAGUGGACUGGCAAAACGUGCCAGUUAGAUGCAAAUGAAUGUGAGGCCAAACCUUGUGUAAACGCCAAAUCCUGUAAGAAUCUCAUUGCCAGCUACUACUGCGACUGUCUUCCCGGCUGGAUGGGUCAGAAUUGUGACAUAAAUAUUAAUGACUGCCUUGGCCAGUGUCAGAAUGACGCCUCCUGUCGGGAUUUGGUUAAUGGUUAUCGCUGUAUCUGUCCACCUGGCUAUGCAGGCGAUCAUUGUGAGAGAGACAUCGAUGAAUGUGCCAGCAACCCCUGUUUGAAUGGGGGUCACUGUCAGAAUGAAAUCAACAGAUUCCAGUGUCUGUGUCCCACUGGUUUCUCUGGAAACCUCUGUCAGCUGGACAUCGAUUAUUGUGAGCCUAAUCCCUGCCAGAAUGGUGCCCAGUGCUACAACCGUGCCAGCGACUAUUUCUGCAAGUGCCCCGAGGACUAUGAGGGCAAGAACUGCUCACACCUGAAAGACCACUGCCGCACGACCCCCUGUGAAGUGAUUGACAGUUGCACAGUGGCCAUGGCUUCCAACGACACACCUGAAGGGGUGCGGUAUAUUUCCUCGAAUGUCUGUGGUCCCCACGGGAAGUGCAAGAGUCAGUCGGGAGGCAAAUUCACCUGUGACUGUAACAAAGGCUUCACGGGAACAUACUGCCAUGAAAAUAUUAAUGACUGUGAGAGCAACCCCUGUAGAAAUGGUGGUACUUGCAUCGAUGGUGUCAACUCCUACAAGUGCAUCUGUAGUGACGGCUGGGAGGGGGCCUACUGUGAAACCAAUAUUAAUGACUGCAGCCAGAACCCCUGCCACAAUGGGGGCACGUGUCGCGACCUGGUCAACGACUUCUACUGUGACUGUAAAAACGGGUGGAAAGGAAAGACCUGCCACUCACGUGACAGUCAGUGUGACGAGGCCACGUGCAACAACGGUGGCACCUGCUAUGAUGAGGGGGAUGCUUUUAAGUGCAUGUGUCCUGGCGGCUGGGAAGGAACCACCUGUAACAUAGCCCGAAACAGUAGCUGCCUGCCCAACCCCUGCCAUAAUGGGGGCACAUGUGUGGUCAACGGCGAGUCCUUUACGUGCGUCUGCAAGGAAGGCUGGGAGGGGCCCAUCUGUGCUCAGAAUACCAAUGACUGCAGCCCUCAUCCCUGUUACAACAGCGGCACCUGUGUGGAUGGAGAUAACUGGUACCGGUGCGAAUGUGCCCCGGGUUUUGCCGGACCUGACUGCAGAAUAAACAUCAAUGAAUGCCAGUCUUCACCUUGUGCCUUUGGAGCCACCUGUGUGGAUGAGAUCAAUGGCUACCGGUGUGUCUGCCCUCCAGGGCACAGUGGUGCCAAGUGCCAGGAAGUUUCAGGGAGACCUUGCAUCACCAUGGGGAGUGUGAUACCAGAUGGGGCCAAAUGGGAUGAUGACUGUAAUACCUGCCAAUGCCUGAAUGGACGGAUCGCCUGCUCAAAGGUCUGGUGUGGCCCUCGACCAUGCCUGCUCCACAAAGGGCACAGCGAGUGCCCCAGCGGGCAGAGCUGCAUCCCCAUCCUGGACGACCAGUGCUUCGUCCACCCCUGCACUGGUGUGGGCGAGUGUCGGUCUUCCAGUCUCCAGCCAGUGAAGACGAAGUGCACCUCUGACUCCUAUUACCAGGAUAACUGUGCGAACAUCACAUUUACCUUUAACAAGGAGAUGAUGUCACCUGGUCUUACGACAGAGCACAUUUGCAGUGAAUUGCGGAAUUUGAAUAUUUUGAAGAAUGUUUCUGCUGAAUAUUCAAUCUACAUUGCUUGUGAGCCUUCCCCUUCAGCGAACAAUGAAAUACAUGUGGCCAUUUCUGCUGAAGAUAUACGGGAUGAUGGAAACCCGAUCAAGGAAAUCACUGACAAAAUAAUCGAUCUUGUUAGUAAACGUGAUGGAAACAGCUCGCUCAUUGCUGCUGUUGCAGAAGUGAGAGUGCAGAGGCGGCCUCUGAAGAACAGAACAGAUUUCCUGGUUCCCUUGCUGAGCUCUGUCUUAACCGUGGCUUGGAUCUGUUGCUUGGUGACGGCCUUCUACUGGUGCUUGCGGAAGCGGCGGAAGCCGGGCAGCCACACACACUCGGCCUCCGAGGACAACACCACCAACAAUGUGCGGGAGCAGCUGAACCAGAUCAAAAACCCCAUUGAGAAACAUGGGGCCAACACCGUCCCCAUCAAGGAUUACGAGAACAAGAACUCCAAAAUGUCUAAAAUAAGGACACACAACUCCGAAGUAGAAGAGGACGACAUGGACAAACACCAGCAGAAAGCCCGGUUUGCCAAGCAGCCGGCGUACACGCUGGUAGACAGAGAAGAGAAGCCCCCCAACGGCACGCCGACAAAACACCCAAACUGGACAAACAAACAGGACAACAGAGACUUGGAAAGUGCCCAGAGCUUAAACCGGAUGGAGUACAUCGUAUAGCAGACCGCGGGCACUGCUGCCGCUAGGUAGAGUCUGAGGGCUUGUAGUUCUUUAAACUGUCGUGUCAUACUCGAGUCUGAGGCUGUUGUUGACUUAGAAUCCCUGUGUUAAUUUAAGUUUUGACAAGCUGGCUUACACUGGCAAUGGUAGUUUCUGUGGUUGGCUGGGAAAUCGAGUGCCGCAUCUCACAGCUAUGCAAAAAGCUAGUCGACAGUACCCUGGUUGUCUGUCCCCCUGCAGCCGACACGUCUCGGAUCAGGCUCCCAGGAGCCUGCCCAGCCCCCUGGUCUUUGAGCUCCCACUUCUGCCAGAUGUCCUAAUGGUGAUGCAGUCUUAGAUCAUAGUUUUAUUUAUAUUUAUUGACUCUUGAGUUGUUUUUGUAUAUUGGUUUUAUGAUGACGUACAAGUAGUUCUGUAUUUGAAAGUGCCUUUGCAGCUCAGAACCACAGCAACGAUCACAAAUGACUUUAUUAUUUAUUUUUUUUAUUGUAUUUUUGUUGUUGGGGGAGGGGAGACUUUGAUGUCAGCAGUUGCUGGUAAAAUGAAGAAUUUAAAGAAGAAAAAAAUGUCAAAAGUAGAACUUUGUAUAGUUAUGUAAAUAAUUCUUUUUUUUAUUAAUCACUGUGUAUAUUUGAUUUAUUAACUUAAUAAUCAAGAGCCUUAAAACAUCAUUCCUUUUUAUUUAUAUGUAUGUGUUUAGAAUUGAAGGUUUUUGAUAGCAUUGUAAGUGUUAAGGCUUUUUUUUUUUUUUUUUUUUUUGAAUUCUUCUCAUUACUUGUUGCCUAUAAGCCAAAAUUAAGGUGUUUGAAAAUAGUUUAUUUUAAAACAAUAGGAUGGGCUUCCGUGCCCAGAAUACUGAUGGAAUUUUUUUGUACGACGUCAGAUGUUUAAAACACCUUCUAUAGCAUCACUUAAAACACGUUUUAAGGACUGACUGAGGCAGUGUGAGGAUUAGUCUAGAACAGGUUUUUUGUUUUUUUGUUUUUCUGCUUUAGACUUGAAAAGAGACAGGCAGGUGAUCUGCUGCAGAGCAGCAAGGGAACAAGUUGAGCUAUGACUUAACGUAGCCAAAAUGUGAGUGGUUGAAUAUGAUUAAAAACAUCAAAUUAAUUGUGUGAAGUUGGAAGCACACCAAUCUUACUUUGUAAAUUCUGAUUUCUUUUCACCAUUCGUACGUAAUACUGAACCACUUGUAGAUUUGAAUUUUUUUUUUUAAUCUGCAUUUAGGGAGUAUUCUAAUAAGCUAGUUGAAUACUUGAACCAUAAAAUGUCCAGUAAGAUCACUGUUUAGAUUUGCCAUAGAGUACACUGCCUGCCUUAAGUGAGGAAAUCAAAGUGCUAUUACGAAGUUCAAGAUCAAAAAGGCUUAUAAAACAGAGUAAUCUUGUUGGUUUACCAUUGAGACCGUGAAGAUACUUUGUGUUGUCCUAUUAGUGUUAUAUGAACAUAAAAAUGCAUCUUUGAUGUGUUGUUCUUGGCAAUAAAUUUUGAAAAGUAAUAUUUAUUAAAUUUUUUUGUAUGAAAACAUGGAACAGUGUGGCCUCUUCUGAGCUUAUGUAGUUCUACCCGGCUUUGCCUUGUGCAUCUGCCACCCUGCUGAGUCUGUUCUGGUAAUCGGGGGUAUAAUAGGCUCUGCCUAACAGGCAUGGAGGAAGAACUGAAAGGCUUUUCAACCACAAAGCUCAUCUGAAGUUCUCAAAGACCUGGGGCUGCUGUGAAGCUGGAGCUGCGGGAGCCCCAUCUAGGGGAGCCUUGAUUCCCUUGUUAUUCAACAGCAAGUGUGAAUACUGCUUGAAUAAACACCACUGGAUUAAUGGCC